AUUCGUUCCUUAUAAACGGACGCAUCGAUAUUACAGAAAUUUGUCACGAGGAAACGAUUUUGAAAUUCGACAAAUCGGUCUCCACGCCAAAUUUGUAUACUAACUUAAAUAGAUCACCGAGGAGAGAUUACUCUUUCAUCAGAGCAUUCGUGGGAGCACGAAAUAACGCACUAUACACAUUGAUGAAUAGAUCCUUUCUAAACACGUCUCAAAUGUCUAUCCGGCGACUGGCGAACAGACGCCACGGCACCUAGAGAUCUCUGGUAUUACGGCAGAUGGUUUACUGGUUUGCUCUAUUAUCGAAGAACCUUCAUGCGAACACGUUUUAUCAAAGUAUCUGCACUAAAUGUUUCACGGAAUUAGGCGUUAAAAGAGGCUUGUGGACUUAUCACUAUCACGCGUGAACAGUUCUGCAGUAGUCUGGUAAAUGCACGUGGUAAUCGUAUGAUGUGAAAUCGUAACAAUAUAUUGAAGUUCACUAUUUACUGUACAAUUUUGUACAACAAUGACCGGCAAUAAAGAUGAAACUGCUAAGGAACAGCCUAGUCCGAAAGCAAAUGAAAAGACAGAUGCUAAUAACGACGCAGAUUAUUCGGAUCUGUAUCCCGGUAGGAGAGACAGCCCAACUCAAAACUGGUUUAGGAAAAUAGUAUUUGCUGAACAACAAGAACAGCUACAGAAAACGAGAUGUGAAGUUAACGUCGUAGACUGUAUUCAAAAUAGUCCUCUAGUCAAGUUGAUGAUGGCUGCAUUAAAAAGUUCGGGAUGCGAAGUCGAUAUUGGACGACACAUUUCGUGCGAGGUUUGUGAUAAAGUAGUCACUGGUGGUUACGAUCCACAACUAAAUCAGAUAAUAGUUUGCCAAAAUACUGCUCGCACGAAGAACAGAGUCCAGAGCACCUUGAGUCAUGAGAUGAUUCACAUGUUCGAUUAUUGUCAGAAUAAAUUAGAUCUGAACAACAUAGAUCACUUGGCGUGUACGGAGAUCAGAGCAGCUAGCCUUUGCCAUUGUAGUUACUUUAUGGCACUUUCAAGGAACGUCGCUUCGCCAAUUAGAAUUGCGAGAACCCACCGAGAUUGCGUGAUAGAUAAGGCAGUAAGGUCGAUAGUCGCAGUGAAAGAUGUGACUAAGGACGAGGCGUUAACAGCCGUGUUGCGGGUAUUCGAAAGGUGUUACAACGAUUUGGAACCGGUCGGAAGGCGGAUUCGGAGAAAUUCUCACGAUAUGGAGAAAGCAUAUCUCGAGGGACCUUUGUACGGAUAUACAGAAUAAAAUAUCCUACUUAGAAAAUUUAAUUGAAUUUGUAGAUUAACAUAAAGUAAAAUAAAGUAA